AUGGAAAAUUUGAUUGGGAGUGAUGAUGAUAAUGCAGAGUAUGAAGGGGAUGGAGAAUAUGAAGAGGGUAAUCAAGAGUAUGAAGAGGAUGAUGAAUCUCAAGAAAGUGAUCCAAAUUUUGAAGAGUAUGAUGAAUCUGAAAAUAGUGAUCCAGAGUAUGAAGAAGAUGAGAGACAAAUAGAAGAUGGAGAUCGUAUGGAUGACAUAAUGGAUGUUGACAACAAUAUACAGGAUGUGGAUGUGGACAUGGGAGACUUCACUCUCAAUGUUGAAAGUGAUGUGGAAGGUUCUUGUGUAAAUGUUGUUCAUGGGCAUGAACCUGAAGAUAUGGAAGUGAUUAACAAUGAGGAAUUUGAAUCUUUGGAUGAAGGAUUCGACCAAGAUAGAGAGAGAAGAGCUCUUAUCAAGAAUUUGAGAAAAGAAAAAAGGUGCAGUCUUGGGGCAGUACAUAAACAAUCUUUUUCAGUUGGAGAUAAAUUUAAUAGUAAAAAAGAAUUAAAGGAGUGUAGAGGUGUUGUACCUGUCACCAAUAAAGGCCAAGUGGGUAGUCAAGCUACCACUUCAAAAAGAAAGGGUAAAGAAUUAAAGACACAAAAAGUAACAUGUGGUUGGUACAUUCAUGCAUCUAGGUCAAAUCCUGAAUCCGACUGGUUGAUAAGGACCUUAAACCAAACUCACACAUGUUUGCAAACAAGGAAACUCAGGGCUUGUACUGCUUCUUUAAUCAGCAAGAAAAUCUUUGAUCAAGUUGAGGCGAAUCCAGAUAUACCUUUGAGAGCCAUACAAGAUCACUUUCAAAAUACCUACCAAGUAGGUGUUAGUAUGGACAAGGUGUUCAGGGCAAAGGAUAAGGCAAGAAAGCAUAUAACUGGGGACUACACAAAGCAGUAUGAACUGUUGAGGGACUAUGUUCUCGAACUUCAAGCCACCAACCCAGACACCACAGUGAAAAUAGAUGUAUGUUCUGAGCCUAACCCUGAUUCCCCAACUAGGCAGUUUAGAAGAAUUUAUGUGUGCUUGGGUCCACUGAAAAAAGGGUUCAAGGCAUGCCUUAGGGACUUAUUAGGUUUUGAUGGUGCCUUCAUGAAAGGACCAUUCCCUGGGCAAGUCCUUUCAGCAGUUGGUCUUGAUUCCAAUAAUGGAAUUUACCCAUUAGCAUAUGGGAUUGUUGAGUCUGAAAACACAGAAAGCUGGAAAUGGUUUUUAGAUAACCUUGGGGAUGACUUGGACCUUGGAAGAAACUCAAAUUUUACUUUCAUAAGUAACAGGCAAAAGGGUUUACAUACUGCAGUUGAGCAAAUUUUUCCCAAUGCUGAGCAUAGAUAUUGUAUCAGACAUAUUCAUGACAAUAUGAGGAAAAGAUGGAGGCAAACAGAGUACAGGGACCACUUAUGGAGGUGUGCAUCAGCUACCACCAUUCCUGAGUUUGAACAUUUGAUGAAGGAGUUUAGUCAGUAUGAUAAGGAGGCAUGCGAAUGGUUGAAGCAAAUUCCUCCUAAACAUUGGGCAAGGAGUCAUUUUUCAGGAAGAGCAGUUUCUGAUGUGUUGAUAUCAAAUAUGUGUGAAGUGUUUAAUGGGAAGAUAGAGAAAGGAAGGGAUAAACCUGUCAUUGGAUGUUUAGAAUUCAUAAGGGAGUAUCUAAUGAAGAGGAUAUGCAAUGUCAUGAAGGAAAUGAAAAAGGCUAAAGGUCCACUAACACCCACAGCAACAGACAUCCUAACUGCAAGAAAAAAAACAGUUGCUUCACAAUACAUUGCUAGGUGGAAUGGGGGAGACAAGUAUCAAGUCACAGGAGCUUUGCAAGAUCAACAUGUGGUUGAUGUUAGGAACAAAACAUGCACUUGCAGAAAAUGGGAAUUAAUUGGAAUUCCAUGCAGACAUGCAAUUGCAACUCUGAAUGAGAUGAGUAAAGACCCAGAGGCUGAGCUUGACAUUUACAAAUGGGUUCACAAGGUGUAUUUUCUAGAGACAUGGAAAAAGGCUUAUUCUUUUAAGGUGGAGCCAAUUAAGGGUAGAUCCAUGUGGCCCAAAAGUGAAUGUCCCACAAAGCUAAUCCCUCAUCCACAUCGCACUCAGGUGGGAAGGCCUAAGAAAAAGAGAAGACAAAGUGAGGGUGAAAGGUUAAGCAAAAAGCAGAAGGGAAGUCAAGGUGAUGGAGUGAAUGUUGCACAAGAAGGAGGUUCCCAAAAACCAACAAAUGAUGGAGUGCAGAAGCUAUCAAGGAAGCAUAUCAAUGUUACUUGUAGCAAAUGCAAGAACAAGGGACACAACUCUAGGACCUGUAAAGGGCAAGGUGGGAAUCAAUCCAACAAGUAA